GUGCUCUGAUUUGAUUACUCGAUCUUGCGACAGGGUGCAACCCGAGAGACGAAUAUCAGGUUAAAAAGUCUCCAUCUAUACAUAGCAGGCUUGUGCGCAUGCGGGGGUCAGGGUUGACUGUCCGCACACAGUCUUGGAAGGAGUGCGGCGGCGGCGGCCAAGCUAACUGCAACCAUCGCAAGUAGCUACAUGUGGAGGGUAAAACAGGAGACAUCCCCGACCCUAACUCUGUCAGAAUUCCUCUUUUUUUUUAUACCCAAAAUAACUGUCAGGACCAGUCUCGUCGAAAGUAAGGGAUAAUAUUUGUUGAGAAUGAAAGGUAGCCGGAUCGAGCUGGGGGAUGUUACGCCCCACAACAUUAAGCAGCUGAAACGCCUGAACCAGGUCAUUUUCCCAGUCAGCUACAAUGACAAGUUUUACAAAGAUGUACUGGAAGUUGGAGAGCUUGCAAAGCUAGCAUACUUCAAUGACAUUGCAGUGGGUGCUGUGUGCUGCAGAGUGGACCACUCUCAGAACCAGAAGAGACUGUACAUUAUGACACUCGGCUGUCUAGCACCCUACCGUAGGCUUGGAAUUGGUACAAAGAUGCUGAAUCAUGUGUUAAACAUCUGUGAGAAGGAUGGCACUUUUGACAACAUUUACCUUCACGUGCAGAUCAGCAAUGAGUCAGCCAUUGACUUUUACCAGAGGUUUGGCUUUGAGAUCAUCGAAACAAAAAAGAAUUACUACAAGAGGAUAGAACCCGCAGAUGCCCAUGUGUUGCAGAAGAGCCUGCGCAGCCCAUGUGCACCUCCCAGCGGAGAGCUUCAGAAGGCAGAGUAGGGACACAUUAUGGAAAGAAUGAAGAUACGCCCGCCUGCACAGAAACAGAACUGUGACAAAUGCCCCAGGGUUGAUACAUUCAACAACGUUCUUCAAAGGACGCCAAAAAGAGAAGAUAAACUUAAAGUACAAAAUAUUGCUGCAGUUAUUUUUUCAAAGGGGUCCCCUUUGAUUUUUGCACAUUUGAUUGCUCCCUUUUCCUGGUACAGAUAAUUGAAAAUGACAAAGUAUCCAAAGUGCUCCUAUUGACAAAAUUGCCAACUUCAGACGGUUUUUUGAGACUUGGUGGGGGGGGGGGGGGUGGGGUCCUUGUGAAACAUAUUUUUGUGUUGGAGUUGUUUUUAAUGCGGUUAUAAAGCUGAUGGGGACAUUUCUCUAUUGUUGAGCUGAAGAAAACAUUGAAACAUUUGAAGUGGUGAAAGUGUUUGAAAGACCAUUACUGACACACAGAUUCCCACUUUGGAGUGAUGCUUGAGUUAUUACAUGGAACAGUCACAACACUGUUCCUACACCACCUGAACCCUGAGGUUCAGGCAAAAUGAGUCUGACCAGUUUAUUGGUAUGUUCAGAGGCUGAACGGUUUAGAGGUGGUGGGAAAACGUGGUCACCACUCAUAAUUGCCGAAUAACUUUUGUUUCUGGCCUGUUAAUUUAAUACCACUUCAACUGUUUGUGCUAUUUUUAUUUUUGAUGAGAUGGCAAGUGUUUCAGAGGUUCUCCUGGGUUUACAUCCAAGAGUGAAAACAUUAAGUAAUGAGAGAAACAAUGCAUGUGUUUCCGAGAAGGGCAUUCUGCAUUGUUUUAUGAGGAAUGUCCAGAUAACAUUAGAUUGGCUCUUUGACAUUGGAUUUGGGCAUUAUUUUUAGUACUAUAAUUAAGGUGUUGAAGGAUGUGUGCCUCUAAAUGCAUGCAAGUGUUUUGAGGCAUUUCAGCUUAAACACUUUUGGCAUCUUAUGUAGCCACUCUACAGAAACGGGCUUCUUAAAUAUCAGUCAGCGUCUGUUUCUAUUUCACAUCCCUUCACUAGGUUUUGAGGUUCUGCUGAUAGUUUGGAAGUUUUGGUAUGGUCACAAAUAUUACAUAUACAAUGUAUUACCCAGAGGAAGCUCUGACCCCUCUGCAUGUAAGGAGAGAUCUGUCCUCUCCACUGUAGUAUAAGCAUGUUUUCCCUUCAUUUGAAAAAUUUUAUCUUUUCUGGAGCUCUAUAUUGUAAGACUUUUUAACGUCUAAAUAAAAUAAUUACUAUUUGCAGUA